AUGAAAACGUUAGCUUGGCAAAUGGCCGUUGUUUGUUUGUUUUGAUUCGAAUUUAUUUUCCAAAGUGAGCGAAAAUGUCCAACAAUAAUGUGAUAAACGACAAGAAGAAAGCUUUGCUGGCUUACAAAGAGAAGAUUUUAGAGGAAAUAAAGUACUAUGAGAGGAGUAUUGACGACUUUCGCGCCAAUCAUAAAGGCAACAGCUAUUACGAGGAUGAAGACAGUUCAGACUCUGAAGAUGACAGCCUCACGUCCAUCGACACUGGUCCGUCGGUCUUACAGCUGAAAAUCCAACAGGCUAAGAUGAAGACAUGCCUGCAAGCUACACAGGAGCUCACAAGUCUGACUGUGCUGCAGUCCGAGGUUAAUGUGCUGGUUGAAGAGCCUAAGUUUGAAAAGGAGAAGCCAGUAACAGAAGCAGGCACUUGGCGAGAAGUGACGGCUGAGUGCAGGAUAGAUCUCGUACCCUUCACCAUCUCCUUUUAUAUGCAUACUCCUUACCGUAAAUUCGCAGCGCCCUCAUACCGCGGUCUCCGCGUGGUGCCCGUCAAAUAUGCACAUGAGAUGGAACUCGCUAAGUCUGUGCUACACAGCCUGACUUUACCCAGUGAUGCUGUAGAGGUCCUAAGAAACUACGCAUUUGGAUACCGGUCUCGGCGCACAACGCUCGCUUGCUUAGCCAAUAAGUUCGGCAAUGCCUUGUUUAUGGAGCCACAUCCUGAAGGCGGUUUCGUGUUAAAAUGUGCGGAUCUGUUGGAAGUGUCAUGGCGGCUGGAGAACAAGUGGUCUCAAGUCGCACCCUUCCAUCAUAGGAUGAAAUUCGACUUGGAAUAUAUGGAUGAAGCCUACAUAAAAAUAAUAACGCAAGCACACAAACAACUUCUAGACCCUUCCAUAGCUACCGACGAAAGAUCCCUACUCCUAGCCAAAAUAAUAACUACCUGUCUCGAAGUCCGAGGUCCAGUAGACCUCGAAUCAGAUUUAGAAUCCAAAACGACAGAAAGAGACACUGAUAUCGAAAAAAGGGACGAAGAUAGCGAGGUUAUGGCCCCACCUAAGAGCCUGCCUAAAAAAGUUAGACCGAAAAAUAAGGGAAAUACUAAUAGUGGUCAAAAAAGGCCUCUAAAUGAAGUUAAUGAUGUUGAGACAGCUAAAAAAAUGAAGGUGAAUGAUGAAAAUGUAAAUAAUGCUAAAAAAACUAAAUUAAUUGAACCACCGCCAGAAAUGGCUAAGAAAAGGAAGAUUAACGAUGUGCCUGAUAAAGCUAAUAAAGUUGCUAGGAGUAAGAAUGUUAAAGAGGCUGGUAACACUGAAGAUGGUGAUGAUAAAAUUGAAAAUGUUGUUACGGAAGCUACAAAAACUAAAAAUGUUAAAGAAUCUGAUAAAAACGAACCUAAGACUAAAUCUAAAACUGUUAAUAAUGAUGAAGCAACAGCUAAUAAAGAAGAAACUAUCAAAAAAACUAAAACUACAAAAGAAUCUGUAAAUACCGAACUGAAAAAUAAAAAAAACGAUAAUGCUCCAGCCAAGAAUGCAAAAUCUAAUCCAAAAAAUGCUAAAGAAAUUGACAUAAAUACACAAAAAGAUAAGACUACAAAUCAAAAUGGUGAUGGAGAUGCUCCUAUAAAAAAUAAAAUAAAUGCUUAUCCCAAAAAUGACGAAAAUAUAAAGACGAAAAAUAAAAAUGGAGUUGGAAACACUCCUAUUGAAGAAAUAAAUAAACCUAAACCUAAAAGUAAUAAACAAAUUGACAAAAAUAACGUAAAUGUACAAACAAAAAAUAAAAAUAAUGCUGACUACGUCGAAGUAAAGGAUGGGAAUAAAGUUUCUAGUACUAAAAGUAAAAAUAAGUUGACUAAAGAACCUACUGCUUCAAAUAUUAUUAAAAAUAAACAAUUAAAUGUAGACAAAGAAAACCAUACUAACAACGUAAUAGAAUCUAAUGUAGAUAACAAUGUUCAAGCAAAAUCUAAAGUAACUAAAGAAGAUAAAAAUACUAAUAAUAAAGCUAAAAAAUUAGCAGAUUCUGGUAAUCCUAAAGAUAAAAAUCAAAAUGACAAAGCAAAAGAUAAAAAUAUUGAAGCUAAAAAACCGAAACCUAUUUCUAAAGUAAAUAAGAAUGAUGAAAUACAAAAUAAUCCUACAGAAAACGCUAAAGUUGCCAGCGCAAAAAACUCUGAAACUACUACGAAUAAAGCUAAAAUGAAACCUAAAAGUGUUGCCACUAAAAAUACCGAUGAACCUCCCAAUAAAAUUGCAAAAAUCGCGAAUAAAGUAACUAAAGUUAAAACAGUUAAUGCAAACGUUACACAAACUAUUAAAAAAGUAACUGAAAAAAAUGCAAUUAACAGUAAAAAUACAGACAAAAUAUCACCUAUAGUGUCCGAGAAAAAUGUACAAAAUAAACCAAUUUCUACCACAAAAGAUAAAGCACCAGAAAAAGUUACCAAUAUAGUUAAGAAAACUAAAGAUAUUAUAAACAAAGAAAUAAUUAAAAAACCAAUCAAAAGUAUAAAAAAUCUAACAACCAAGUUAGCUUCUCACAGAACCGCUUUAAAAGUACAAAAUACACAAAAAAUUAACACUGGUAACACCAAAAUGUUUAAAUCUGGCAACAUUGAGAAGGAAAAUGGCGGGAAAGGAACUAAAAUCCCGAUGAAGAAAUUUUCUCCAAUCACAGGAGGUUCUUCUAAGAAAAACUUUUUGAGAAUAAGUCCAAGAAAGUUACCGUCAAAAUUCAAAACGACGAAUCCUCAGGAAGGAAUUAAACCGAAAAUGAUGAAAACUACCAAUAUACCACGUUUAAUGACAAAACCAGUAUCAAAAACAUCGAUGACGACAAUGAAAUAAUUAUGUUAGUUAAUUUAUAAUAUUUUAAUGUUAAGUUGUUAAUAAUUAGGAAAUAAAGAACUUGUUUUUAUACUAAAAAAAA